CCUCAAUUAAUUAUCAAGGUACCCUUAUCGAGAGCUAUGAGCUACAAACAAUUAGCAAAUGUUGGAUCUCGGGGGGCUUGAGCUGGCUGGUACUUGAAGUCAGUACCGACCACUCCUCAGAUUCCAACCGGUUUGGUCCUUUCAACACUAUUCACACGUUUUACGACAAAGCACACAGCAAACAUGGGCAAGAAGAGAGUUUUGGUCAGCUACGGUGUCGACAUUGAUGCAGUCGCGGGAUGGCUGGGCUCAUACGGUGGUGAAGACUCCACCAGCGACAUCAGCAGAGGACUCUUUGCUGGCACAGUCGGUGUCCAACGACUGCUCAAGCUCUUCGACAAAUACAACAUCAAGGCUACCUGGUUCAUCCCUGGGCAUACCCUCGAGACCUUCCCCGAGGAUUGUGCGGCAAUCCGAGACAAAGACCACGAGAUUGGACUCCACGGUUACAGCCAUGAGAACCCGGCGGACAUGACAAUCGACCAGCAACGCGAUGUUCUGGACAAGACAUACAAGAUGUUGACAGAAUUCUGUGGCAAGCCACCAAAGGGCAGUGUUGCACCGUGGUGGGAGACUAGCCGCGAGGGUGCAGAGUUGCUGCUCUCCUACGGCAUCGAGUACGACCACUCAAUGAGCCACGAGGAUUGUCAGAUGUACUGGCUACGUACAGGCGACUCGUGGACCAAGAUUGAUUACAGCAAAAAGGCGGAAGAAUGGAUGAAGCCUCUAGUCAAGGGCGAGGAUACUGGCAUUGUCGAGAUCCCAGCGAAUUGGUAUAUCGAUGACCUGCCACCCAUGAUGUUCAUCAAGAAAGCAGCCAACAGUCAUGGCUGGGUCAGCGCAAGAGAUGUCGAACAACUCUGGAUGGACCACUUUGACUACUUCUACCGCGAGCACGACGAGUUCGUCUUUCCCAUGACGAUUCACCCGGAUGUCAGUGGAAGACCGCAUGUUUUGUUGAUGCAUGAAAGGAUCAUUGAACAUAUCAACAAGCACGAGGGUGUCGAAUGGGUGACGAUGGGAGAAAUGUCGGAUGAGUUCAAGAAGAAGAACUCGCCGCCGCCAAAUGCGCUCAUGCCAGCGACGAGAGAGGAGGUGGAUGCUAUGCUGAAGAAGCAGCAGAAGUAGAAGUAAUGAUCUGCACUGGUAAACGAAUUGAUUUCUAAUGUCAAUGAUAUUAAUGCUUGAGCCAAUGAGAGAAAACAG